CCUAAACCAGGCAGACGAUAAAUACGAUAGCAACAAACAACCAGAAGAUGAGUUCCGAGACCCAAUCAGGCGCCACGGAGGCCAGCUCGACCAACGAGGCCGGCUGUCAUUGCGGAUACAUCAAGUUUUCGGUGACCUUGUCUCCGCCGCUGUCCGAGACCAAAGUCCUGGAUUGCGGCUGCUCCAUCUGCCGUCGGGCCGGCUACUUGCUUGUCUACCCAAAGCGUCACCAGCUGAAAUGGCAUGGUGACUCCCAGAGCCGCUGCGCAGUGUACCAGUUCAACACCAAGAAGAAGGACCAGUUGUUCUGCCCCAAGUGCGGCAGCAGUAUCGGGAUCGAUUUCCGGGAUGUCAGGGAUGGAUAUGGAAUCAGUGUCCGCACAUUCAACAACAUUAACCUGGCCGAUCUGAAGUAUCACAUUGGCGACGGGCUCAACGAAGUCGAGCCAGCUACUGACUUGUCGGGUAUCUGGUACGAGGAGGAUGCGGAUGAACUCAAAGAUGGAAAGGAGAAGGCCUAGGUGACGAGGAAACUAUUUGGAUCGACACCAUACAUAUGAGUAGUAGCGCUUUUGGGGGAGUUGAUCACAAGCGGCAGGAUUGGCACUUUUAGUAGCUGUUAUUUAUGGUCUACUUUUAGCAGCUAUCUAUCGGCAAACAUGCUCAUUGCUUCGACUUGCCCUCCGCCGCAGUUGCCUGCCGCCUGGCCCACAAUUGCUCGGCCGAAGUGAUGCAGUGCAUGUUUGCGCCGAGUUUGUUCAUCGUCUCCAUCCACUCGUCAUACUCGUCCGAGUCGAACACGAUACCGCCGCCUAUCCUGGAGAUAGGCGACACCAUCCUUGACCAACAUGGUCCUCAGCGCAAUGCAAGUGUCCAUCUCGCCCUCGCUCUCCUUGCCCUGGCGAUCGACGCCGGGGUAGCCAAAGUAACCGACGGCGCCGGCGUAGACGCCCCGCUUCUCCCCCUCGAGCUCGGCGAUGAGCUCCAUGGCGCGGACCUUGGGGGCGCCCGAGACGGUGCCGGCGGGGAAGAUGGAGCGGAAGGCGUCGAAGCGGGUCUUGCCGGGCCGCAGGACGCCCGAGACCUGGGAGACGAGGUGCUGGACGUGGCUGAAGCGCUCGACCACCAUGAGGCGGUCGACGCGGGUCUCGAGCGGGUCGCACACGCGCGUGACGUCGUUGCGGGCCAGGUCGACCAGCAUGACGUGCUCGGCGCGGUCCUUGAGGCUCGCCGCCAGCUCGUCGGCCAGCCGCUGGUCCUCCUCGGGCGUGGCGCCCCGCUUGACUGUGCCGGCGAUGGGGUGCGUGAUGACGCGGCCGCCCUCGCUCUUGACCAGCAGCUCCGGGCUGGCGCCGACGAUUUGGAAGUCGGCGCAGUCGACGUAGAACAGGUACGGCGACGGGUUGACGGUCCGCAGGUGCCGGUAGAUGUUGAACGGGUGAAGGUCCGUGGGGCGGGCGAAGCGCUGCGACGGCACGGCCUGGAUGAUGUCGCCCUUGACGAUGUGCUUCUUGAGCGUCGUGACGUGUCCCUCGUACCCCGCCUGUCCGACGUUGGAUGUGUACUCUUGCCCCAGCCGGACGGGCUUCUGCUCAGGAAGCGGGAUCUCGGGCCCGUUGAGAAGCUCCGUCAGCUCCCGGAUGGUUGCGAGGGCGCGGUUGUACUCGGCAUCUACUUUUUGUGCGGCCCCUUCGGCUCCUUCAAAAACGCCAUCGGGGAUAUGCAGAUAGGUGACGACCUUGAUGAUGCCGUAGAAGCGAUCAAACACCACAGCCGUGUCGAAAAACAUAAAGACGGACUCGGGGAUGCCCAGGACAUCCUUCAUGGGCCGAGCCGUCUUGGGCUCAAAGUAACGCACGCAGUCGUAGCCCACGUAGCCGACAGCACCACCGGCAAAGGGCGGCAGCUUCAGGCCGGGAACGUCGGUGGCGACGACAUGGCGGGCCAGCUCCUCCUCGAGGGCGGGCAAGGGGUCGCAGGCGCCACCAGCGAAGCCGGGCCCGGUGCGGACGACCUUGCGCGGGCCCGCAGCGACAAAGCUGUAGCGGCCCACACGCUCGGUUGCUGCGCUCUCAAACAGGAACGACAGCUGGUCCUCGGCGCCCGAGCUAUCGGUCUUGGCACGGUAGUGCGCCGAGACCUUGAGGUAGGCGGCCGACGGCGUGAUGAGAUCCGACGAGAUUUGACCAUACACAGGGAUGAGGUUUGGUCUCUUGGUGGCGUCCUGCUUUGUGGGCUCUGAGAGGAACUUUUGCACCGUCUCGAGGGACGGCACUACCAAGUCGGGCUCUUCCAUCUUGAACACGUAUAAAGUGCGCGCAAGUGUAGAAAUAUCCUCGGAUAGUUAGGUUCUUAAAUAUCCGGUUAACUUGACGUCUUGAGUAAUGCGGGACAAAUCUCGCUGCUGGGGUUUUUUUUUUUUUUUUUUUUUUUUUUUUUUUUUUUUUUCUCUUUACCUCUUUCUCUUACAAGAUUAUUUAAUAUUAAAACCCCUUCAUUUUAAUUCAAAUGAAAGUUUC